AUGGCUGCACAGGUGGUUGCACCUUCACUGACGGGAAUAUUUUCUGCAUCAAUACGUACAGGAAUAUUCCCAAAGGAAUGGAAGGCAAGCAGGGUGACACCAAUAUUCAAAAGUAAUCCUAAGAGUAAUCCAAGCAAUUACCGACCAAUUUCCAUUAUUCCUGCCAUUGCAAACAUUUUUGAGAAAAUUUUUUCUGACCAAUUAUAUGAAUACGUAAACACAAAUGAGAUUUUAACUUCCUGCCAAUCUGGCUUUAGAUCGCUACACAGUAUGGUAACUGCAAUGCUUGAAGCCACAAGUGACUGGUCCAUGAAUAUUGACAAUGGUUUAAUCAAUGGAGUAGUUUUUAUUGAUUUAAAAAAAGCUUUUGACACUAUCGAUCACCAAAUUAUGUUACAAAAGCUAAGAAACUAUGAUAUUGAUCAAAUGAGUCUAACCUGGUUUGAAUCUUAUCUUACCAACCAAACUCAAAAGUGCCGUGUUAACGACCAAUUGUCAAAUUCUGCCCCGGUGACUUGUGGUGUUCCCCAACAAUGUGGUGGGGCCCAUACUUUUUCUGAUCUAUAUAAAUGA